GGAACUCCUUUACUCCUCAACAACAACCGGUACUCUUUCGCGUUAGAAAAUCUUUUGUCCAAAAACAGCCGUGGUUUCCUCGAACGCCAAAGACCGACGUACAAGGAGUCAAACAUCUGGCUGCAUUAUAUUAUCUGCGGGCUUUCCAUACUUUGCCUCUCUUUACCAUAGAUUAUUGUAUGCUCCUCUUUACCGAUUGUCGGGAUGUGACCCCGGAACAGGACGCAUCCUCAGAACGACAACAAACCAUUCAAUCUGGACCGGGAGAGGGCAACGGGAGCCGGGGGGAUGAACCGAGAGGAGGCCCCGGGCAAGUCUCCCGAGGAGAUGUACGUCCAGCAGAAGGUGCGCGUGCUCCUGAUGCUCAAGAAGAUGGGAUCUAAUCUGACCCCUAGUGAGGAGGCGUUCCUCCGGAACUACGCGGGUGUGGUGCACAGCCAGAUGAGCCAAUUACCGCAGCACCCCAUCGAGCAAGGUGCUGAGGAUGGGGUGAUGGCCUUCUCCAGAUCAGAAACUGAGGACCGGAGGCAGUGACCUCCAUCAGCACUACCCCCCCCACCCCCCACCCCCAACCCCCCACACACACACCCAAAUCACCUUCGACUACAACAACACAACUACGGCUGACCCUCAGACGGGGGCCCGGGACGCUGUUCGGGGAGAAGCUCCUUCCUCAGUGUUUUUUUUUUUUUCUUUCUCUUCCUCCUCCUCUUUCUCCCCAAACACAGCUGGUGCCCCGGCUGCAGUGCAAUAGAGACAGGUCCUGAGCAUGAGGAGAAUAUGAAUGGAUCGGCGAAAACGGGCGGUUUUACACUCUUUUUGGGCUCCACUCUUUGUAUUCCCCCCCCCCCCUCCCCAAUUUGUAUGGAUGUUUUUUUUUGGGUUUUUUUUUGUAUUUGUCUUCUGGGAAGUGACUGGAAGCACUCAGGCCCUCUAGGUUAGCCUGAAGAGGAAUGAAGUCGGACAGUGAUUAGUAGGAAUUAAUCCUUCAGUGAUGGACAGUCAUGUUAGCUCCCGUUUUUAAAAUACUAUCACUGGGGAGAUCGAUUUAUUUUUAAGUGUGUUUUAAAG